AUGAGACCACCUGAAGAUGAUGAGCCACAGUCGUGGUGGAUUGCAUCCACAGCCAUCCCGCUAGUUGCUGCUACAACGGGACCACUCGCCAAUGUCAUGUCAGUCACCGCAUUGGUUGUGCCAUGGCGAAGCCAAAUUCUCUCCUAUGAAGAUAGCACUGCUGGAAACCUCAUUCAAGAAGGAUAUCCAGACCCUCGCUGGAGCAUUUCCCUAAAUGCCAUCUCGCUUUGUUGCGGGAUUGUGGGCAAUAUGUUUUUAUUGUUCAAUUUUACCCAGAUCGUACGCUAUAUUAUAGCCUUGCCUGUGACAAUCAUUUUGUGGUUCAUAUCCGCCGGAAUCGGUUAUUGGAGUGCCGUCAUUGCGGCAGUCCUCUACUUUAUCUUAAGCUUCGUCUUGAUGAUCAACAUGCUAGGGUAUUUCCUAGGCAAAUAUCCGCAACACUUCUCGCUGACUGGCGAGCAACGAACCCUGAUCCUACAAAUGACUGCUUUGGUGGUUUGGCUAUUGAUUGGCGCGGCUAUUUUCCAGCGAGUGAUCGGGAUCUCUUUCGCCGAUGCGUUGUACUUCUCCGAUGUCACCGUCCUCACAUUAGGGUAUGGCGACAUCACUCCCACGAAUUCCGUCGGUCGUGGUCUUAUUUGGCCAUAUGCGGUCAUUGGAAUUAUCAUUCUGGGACUCGUCGUGGAAAGCAUCUUUAAAUUUGCCCGCGAGGUUCACUACGACAAUGUCGUUCAGAAACACAUUGAGCAGAAACGGCAAUACACUUUGGAGCAGUCAAUCGGUUUUGACGAGGUCGACUCUUCUCAAGGGAAACGCCCGACUAGUGGAGAAGUUAUUACCCCUCCGGCUCUUACUCGCCAAAGCUCCAAGACUCAUCAUCAUCGGCCAAUUCGCAAUACCAUCAACGCCCUUGCCACUGGUCGCCGACCCAGGGUCCUUGUCAUGCGUGAAGAAAAAGAUCGGUUCGACGCUAUGCGCCGUAUCCAGUCAGAUACCAUGCGCUUCCGCCGCUGGAACAAUUUGAUCAUCAGCAUCGUUGCCUUCGGAAUUGUGUGGUGCUGCGGAGCAGUGGUGUUCUGGAAAUUAGAAGGCAUUACAUACUUCGAAUCGCUCUACUUUUGCUUCGUCUCCCUGCUAACAAUCGGCUACGGCGAUUUCACACCACAGUCCAAUCCAGGAAGACCUUUCUUUGUGGUAUGGUCUCUGAUCGCCAUCCCAACCAUGACCAUGCUCAUUUCCGAGAUGAGCGACACAGUCGUCGCUGGCUUCAGGCAUGCCACUGAUGUAGUCGCCGAUUACCUCGUGCUUCCUCAAUCCCGUGUCUACAAGACAUGCUUGGGUCGGAUUCCCGGCAUUUCCCAGUCCAUACUGUCUCGCCAAGUGAAAAAGCGACGAGAGCGUGGUUUCCCACUUGAGGGGGCUGAUGAAUCCAACACCCGGGAAAUAGCGGACGCCGAGGAGGCUGGUCAAUCUAAUACUCGAAGCGAUGAUUUAGCCGAGUCUCAUCCGCACCGGUCUCUCGAGGAACUUGCCCGCGACCCGACCCCGUUCGAGCUUGCCCAGCAACUUGCCUUUGCUAUUCGGCGCGCCUCGAAACAGGCUCGCGAAGGUAAACGACAACGAUACUCUUACGAAGAAUGGGUCGAGUUCACCCGGCUCAUUCAGUUUACUGACCCGCGAGCUCGGCCGCCUUCGUCACAGAGAAACCAGCCAGUAAGUGAGGAAGGCCUUUUGAAUGAUGAAGAUGAAUAUGGACUUGUUAAUUGGGAUUGGAUUGGUGAGAAUAGUCCCAUGUUGGCAAAACAGACAGAGCCCGAGUGGGUUCUAGAUCGGUUGUGUGAAAGCUUGAUUCGGUACGUGUCGACUCAAGAGAGUCGGGCUGUGGGAGGUGGUACCGAUUUGACGGAAGAGCCAACGCUGAGAAAGGAGAGGGAUAUUGGGUUAGAUGAAUGA